AUGCGCCACGGCCUGCUUGUGAGCCGCCCCCGCCCCGCGACCAAGAGGGCCCCCGCUCCCGUCGCGGCGCUCCCCGGCUCGGAUGCUAUUCCCCUGGAUGGCGCUGUGAAGGAGGAGCUGCCCCAGUGGCUGACCCUGGUCGGCUACGCCGCCACCAUGGUGGCAGAGAAGGCCAAGCUCGCCAGCUUCCAGCUGACCGCCAACCACAUCUUCACCGCCCUGGCCUGGUACACGCUGAUUUGGGGCGGGCUGACGCUGGCUGACGUGUCCAAGGGCUCCGACACGAUUGGAAGCCUUGUGGGCCCCAUGUUCCUGGCCGUCAACGCGCUGGACGGCUUCGGCAAGAUCGCGCCUCUUGAGACUGCCAUCUUCCUGUUUGGCUACCUGCUGGUGGAUACCCUGCCCGCUUUCAAGUACUCACGCUAUGCCUGGCUGGCCACACUGGUGGCAGCCAUCUACAAGGGCUUGGGGGCGCAGUGGCUGGUGGGGGCGUACGGCCUGUCGGCGGCUUGGAAGCUGGUGCAGCAGUACCGUGCAGACAAGAGCAUCCGGUACCAGUCGAUUGCCUUUGCGGCCUUGGCUGGCUACGCCUUCUACGCGCAGGUGGAGGGCCCGGUAUCGCUGUUCAUGAUGGCAGCAGCGAUGGUGGCCUCCGCCGUGGCCUGA